GGGUUGGUGGGACUGGUUUGUGCUGCUCUUUUCUGAAUCUCUGUGCUGCUUGGAGAGUUUACUCCUGGCAUCCCCCGGCUGCCAUGGGGGAAUCAUGGGUGCCCCAGCCUGUCACUACCUCCAGCUCUGUGCUGCUGUGGGCAGCGCUGUUGUGUCUGGCUCCAGUCGUGAAAAGCAAUGAACCUCCAAAGGCAUUAUUGACACUGGAACCCCCAUGGAUCAAUUUGCUCCGGGAAGACAAUGUGACUUUGAAGUGUGAAGGGUUCCAGACCCCUGGACAUGAAUCCAUUGACUGGUUCCACAAUGGAUCAGCUAUGUCCUUCCACCAGGACUCCUAUACCAUUCCAGCUGUCAACCUGAAGGACAGUGGUGAAUACCAAUGCCGGACAGAACAAACUUCCCUCAGCAACCCUGUGCAAGUACAAGUCACCAGUGAUUGGCUGCUACUCCAAGUGGAGAGCUUGGUAUUCAUGGAAGGUGAUUCUACAACCCUGAGGUGCCACAGUUGGAAGAAUAAACUUCUACAUAAAGUCACAUACUAUCAUAAUGAUAAAGCCUUAAAGUAUGCUUAUGAAUGUUUUGACUAUGUCAUCCCUCAAAUGAACUAUACUCAUGAUGGAUCCUACUAUUGUGUAGGGCAUAUGGGACAUAAUAUCCAUACAUCUAAAAUUGUCAUGAUCACUGUCCAAGGAGGGAAAUCGAGUGUCAUGAAAGGGCUUAUAAUAGCACUCGUCCUGGUGGUUGUGAUUGCUGUGAUUGCUGCUGCUGCCCUGUAUUACUACAAGCGACACAAGACAACAGCCAGUGAUCCUGAAGCGCUAGGAAGCACUGUGGUGGAGAGUUCUGUCUCCUAUUCACUUCUAAAGCACACAGAUACCCCUGAAGAGGAAGAAUCAGGACGCCGAAAUUAUCAAAGCUACCAAUAGUCACAAUCACCUCUACCCCUCCCAUAGUGACCCUAUCCUGCUUGCUCCCUUCAGCACCAGGUUGAAGGACCUGGUGGACCAAAGGCUGGGGACCAGCUGCCUCCUGAGCCAACUUUGUCAUUUGAGGAAAAUGGUUUUGAAAAUCUCUUUUGCAGAUGUCUGCUCGAGUCCUACACUGCUUUAAAAGAAUCAAAGGCAAUUGAUUGUCAGUGAUUACACUGCCUGUCUAUGCUGCCCAGUCUGGAUGAUUUCAUACCCCGAAUGACUUUUGCACAAUACUUUGGACAAUCCAAAACAUUUGCUUCCCUUUAGAAGAAUUUUUGGCUCCUCUUGAGACUGUUCCCUCAAUGGGGCAGGCCUUAGUUCCGGUGGCAGCUUUCUCUGUCCAUAAGUGUUGGAGUUGGAGCAGGAGAUGCUUGAGCAUGGCUCCCCUUAGGGGAGAAUGAUUUUAAAGUGAUGAAAGAGGGUGUUUAUCUACUACCUAUCUCCUUCCUCAAUAGUCCUCACUACCUUCUGUUGAAAUGGAAGGUCCUAGGACAGAAAACAAGGGAUCCCAGGCAGCUCUUUUGUCACCUCUUCUUUUUUAAAAAUAUCUCAUGGGAUUUUUUUAAAUCUUUCUUUGGUUUUGAUGUCAAUCAUCUCCAGUUGUGUUUUCCCUUAAAGCACACUCUCUAUCUAGGCAAUGAUUUAGGAAGCCUGAAGAGAAGGAAAUACUACUAAACUACCAAGUAAGAUUCAACAAUGCCAUAAGAACCCUAACUGCCAGUAUAGAGUCCUCGGUGCUAAAGAUUUGGGAGCUCAAUGUGGAUCUGGCCUAUUUCUGAACAGGGGGCAAGCAAAGCAUGCAGGACAUUGGGGAAGAAGUACCUGGGAAAGGAGGCAGGGGAUGUCCCUUUUAAUUACUCCUUUCUAGACAGGUAUUGUUUCCCUGGAAUUUAGGCAACUCAGUGUUGUUAUUCUGGUUGGGGCCUACUUUCUUUGCCCAGAGUAGGGGGAGUGGGUAAGGGGAAAGGGAUCAAAGGCCUCUUGGGAUGAGAGGUGGCAUGGUGCUAUAAAAAAAGCAUUGGUGCUUAAGUGGAAGAAAAGAAUAUGAACAAUGCCUCUUCUACUUACUAGUAAUCUGACAAUGAGUAAGUCAGUUCAGCUGGCUGGGUCUCAGAUUCCCAUAUGCCAAAUGAGAGGGUUUUACAAGACGAUCUCAAUUAAAUUCAAUAAUCCUCAUUCAGUACUGAUUUUGCAUCAGGAGGCUAUUGUCUCUGGCUUCCUAAUCCAGGGACGGCACUUCUUUUCCUCUUCUACUCCCUUUCUCCAAUCGCUCCAAGAAGUAAGUUUAGAGAUAUACAUUCUGGAUCCUCAGAAUGUAUGUUUAAUUCAUGAAAGUGAUUUUUAUGAAGUCUUCUUGACCUCGUAUUCUUAAUUAACUUGUUUUAGUGCCUUUACAGUCAAACUCUGAAAUCAUACUGUGAUUUAUACUUUGGGUGAGUCACUUAACUGACAUUUAUAAAGUGCCUUAAGGUUGGCAAAGAGUUUUGCAUCCACAGUCUCAUUUGAUCCUUCCUUGAAUUAUUAUUCUCAUUGUAAAGAUGAGAAAACAGGUAUAGAUUGCUAACUGACUUGCCCAUGCUCAUAAUAAACUAACAAGGGUCAGUGGCAGGAUUCAAAUCUAAGCCUCUACUGACACCAAAUCUUCCAGCAAUUCCUAGUGCUGCCAUUCAGGACUUACUUCAGUUUAUUCUUCUCUAAAAGGAGGGGAUUGGACUAUAUGAUCUCUAACAUCCCUUCCAACUCUAAUGUUCUGUGAUCCUAUAUAUAAUAAAGCAUUGUUAUCAAUUCA